AUGCUGCCAGCGCCCUGGUUUCCCACGGUGCAGCCUCACUAUCGCGCGGGAAACAGCCCGAACUGCGAACUCCCACCCGUGCAGUCGGUGACGUCCCCUUGCCACAACAUUCAUCAGCUGCGCCAGCGACAUCGCCAUACCAGCGAUUCUACGACUCCGCCUCAGGCUCACCCGCCGAGGGUGGCCCAGUCUCAGAUGCGCCGCCAUUGGGGCCAGCCCCGGGCAGGCUCUACCAAAUCAAUCUUUGUCGGCCAUAGCCAACCGACAACCACGCAACUACAGUGGAAGCGCGCACAUCGCCAGCGUAGGAAGGAUCCUAGUUGCGACGCUUGUCGCGAGCGCAGGGUCCGCUGUCAAUUCACCAAGGAGACGAACCGUCGCAUGUUGUAUAUCAAACAGGUCCAAGAUCUUGAGAAGCAGCUGCAAAAUUCCAAACAGCAGUUACAUCACCUGCAGACUAGAAUGAUGCGGCCGGAUUGCAUGGCCGAUAUGGAUGGAGGCGUUCCGCAGACGAUAAUCAAGUUGCCCGAAAUCGAGCACCGCCCCAUGCGUCGGUCAAAUGCGCCUUUUCCUCGGGAUUUCUCCGACGUGCGUUCCAAUCUCCGCUAUCAUGGCCGUGACAUCUUGAAUGUGCCGACCCCUUACCGCGCGCGGGGUGCAGAGUCACUGGUAACGGGUGCUGCGGUGGAUCUGCCGCAGAAGCACCUGGCAGACCGUCUCUUGGCGCAGUACUUUAAUUGUGUCCACUCGGUGCUGCCGGUGCUUCACUGGCCUAUUUUCAUCUCGGAGUAUGAGAAGGUUUAUCGGUCGGGCUCGUUGUUGGGAGUUUCCUUUGAAUGGGCGGCUGUUCUAUUUGGCGUGUUCGCCUGCGGUGCUAUUCACACGAUGGAGCCGAAUAGCGAAGAGGAAGGCAAGAAAUACGUUCGCACAUCUUGUGGAAUUAUCAAUGUCUGGCGUGACAACUUUAACCUGGAUCGAGCUCGGGCCGCUUUGUUGGCAAGCAUCUUUCUCUAUUCUCCUCGCCCGAAUCCGCGCCAAAGGUUGCGUUCCCGAUCUCGAUCGCAACGAAGAAACGAUUUCCUACGUCGCGGGCGAUAUGCAAGGGACCAGCGACGGCAGUUAGGUCUGGCACGGCUCUAA